GGGAGAGCUGGCAGAGCGCGGCGGCGAGAGCCAUCCGGGGCGCUUGUUCCUGUCUGGGGAGAAAACUCUCUCGGGAAGACCGGAAACUUUUUCCUGGGCGUUCGGAGGCGAGCAGCGAGUGUGCGCGACUCAAGGUGUCGGCCACACCUGUGGUUUUAAGCCAGCCUGAGGGCCAGGAGGCGGCCCUGGGAGAAGCCCCUCUCGUGGGCAGUCGGAGCCUUGUGGUCCAGGGGAGAAGCCGUCCCCUCACCUGGACUUAUGACCCGCGGCUUUGCACCCAGCCUGCCUGCCGAGUUCCACAAGAUGGGCUCCUUCCGCAGGCCCAGGCCCCGCUUCAUGAGCUCCCCGGUGCUCAGCGACCUGCCCCGCUUCCACGCCGCCCGGCAGGCCCUGCAGCUGAGCUCCAGCUCCGCCUGGAACAGCGUCCAGACUGCCGUGAUCAACGUCUUCAAGGGGGGCGGCCUGCAGAGCAAUGAGCUGUACGUGCUGAAUGAAAACAUCAGGCAGCUGCUGAAGAGUGCACUGGGAUCCUUCAUUACAGACUAUUUCCAGAACCAGCUUCUUGCAAAAGGACUGUUGUUUGUGGAGGAGAAGAUUAAGCUGUGUGAAGGUGACAGUCGCAUUGAGGUUCUGGCUGAAGUCUGGGACCACUUCUUCACCGAAACCCUCCCCACCUUGCAGGCAAUAUUUUAUCCAGUUCAGGGCCAGGAGCUGACCAUUCGCCAGAUCUCCCUGCUGGGCUUCCGCGACCUGGUCCUGCUGAAGGGGAAGCUGGGCGACCUGCUGCUGCUGGCCCCGUCCAAGCUGCCCUCAUCCAUCGUCCAGAUGUUGCUCAUCCUGCAGAGUGUUCACGAGCCCACAGGCCCUAGUGAGGGUUAUCUGCAGCUGGAGGAGCUGGUGAAGCAAGUGGUGUCUCCUUUCCUGGGCAUCAGUGAGGACCAUGGUGUCUCAGGCCCCACGUUCACGCUGGCCAGGCGCCACUCCCGGGUCCGCCCCAAGGUGACUCUCCUGAACUACGCCUCCCCAGUGACCACCGUCAGCCGGCCCCUGAACGAGAUGGCCCUGACCCCGCUGACGGAGCAAGAGGGGGAGGCCUACCUGGAGAAGUGUGGCAGUGUCCGGCGGCACACGGUGGCCAAUGCCCACUCGGACAUCCAGCUGCUGGCCAUGGCCACCAUGAUGCACUCAGGCCUGGGCGAGGAGCCAGGCAUUGAGGACCAGCACCUGCUCCUGCCACCCAGCUUCUCUCCGCCCCACCGGCAGUGCUCCAGCGAGCCCAACAUCACCGACAGCACUGAGGAGCUGGGGGAGGUGGCAGCGGGCAGCCAGGAGGGCUCGGAGCUAAACUGUGCUUCCCUCGGCUGAAGGCCCACCUCGGGACUUCCCAGCUCCUGCCUGGAUGCCCACCAGGAUGAGGAUGCCCCGUCCCGGGCAGCUGAGGGACUCCUCCUUUGGGCCAUGCUGCCUUCUGGCCUUUUGGGUUCGGGCCUAGUCUGAGUGCGCUGGGUAAAUCCCUGUUGUCAGCCUCCCUUUCUCAUGACUGUGACCGCUGCUCUGCAGACACACAGACCCAACUGCUAAUGUUCACUUCUUGACUUCCAGCCUUGCCUGCCUAACUCACAUGCUCACCUCCGGGCCUUUUCCCCUCAGAUACUGGACUGCCUCAUACUCCCAAUGAUAUAUCCCGUAUCCCUGGCAUUCCCAUAGCAAGAGCUUGUCUGGGCCACAUGCAAAACCAUCCAGGAUGUGUUGGCUUUCAGAGUUCCUUUGGGUUCCAGUGAUGCGGAGCCUUACGGGUGACAGCGAGAUACCUCUGCUCCCGUCUAGUGGAGUAUAGGUAGCCUGCAGCCCUACACAGCAGGGCUCUGGGGAUGCGUCUUCCUUGUUUUAGUUUCAGAAUUCCUGGGGAAGAGCUGCCUGCCUUGUGGGUGAGGUGCCACCCUCACCUCCAUCUAGACCCUCCAUGCUGCCUUUGGCUUUUGGCUCAGGGGGGCCACAGGGUGGGGAGAGCCCAUCUCCGAUCAAGCCUCAGCAUUUCCCUCUUGGGCUUCUUCCCAAGCUCAAGGAACUGACCUCCCCGGUGGCGUAGCUGGUGCCUUCCUCCCUCCCUCAUUUCAGAAACUGACCAUUUUCCUAGUGUGAGUGAGGGGCCAGCUGCUACCAACCAGCUAGUCUGUUCCUGGAUUUGACUUGAAUUUUUUUUAAAUGUGCAUCGUUUAAAAAAAAAAUUGCAAAUAUUUGCACGUAGGAUCUUGCACUGCUUAUUUCCAACGGGGCAUGUCUUCAGACUAAAAAGUAAGCAACGCCCCUAAAAACGGAGCCUGGCAGUGGGUGAGGGGAAAGUCCUCCGUGCGGGCAGGGCUCAUGGGCUGCAGCUCUGGAAGCUGCCGGACUUGAAUCCAGAAGGGCCUGUGUGUGUGCGUGUCAUAGUCUAGAGGAAAAGCUGCUGCAGGGGUCUCAGCUUGCUCUGUGAGCAGAGGGCUCGGCCGAGUGGCAGGUCUCAUUGCUUCCCAGAGGGGAGACGGGGAGAUGUGGGCGGGGCCUUUUGGAGAGAUGUUCGUUCCCUGGGAUUAAAGAAGUGCCCGGAAGGGCCUGGAAUUUCUCCCA